AUGAAGAACAUGAGACCGACCACCACCACCAAAACCCCAACAACUCUCCUAACCGAUUUUCCAAGGUUCGGUCAGCCAUGGAAUCAGGGUUCUGGACCAUUGUGGACAUGGGCAGUGGACGCUAUCUCUGGAGGCAUUUUGUCUCAGCGUCCCCAAAACCAUCAAAUUGAUCUUCUUUGGGGCACUUGCUGUCGCUUAUAA